GUUGGAAUUCUCGGCCGAGGUCGAUAAUCGCCCUUAAAAUGGGUUUCCACCCCUGUCAUCCCCUGUGUUCACGGUCGGUAUUUUGUUCAGAAAGCAUUUUGGGCUUGGAGAGCUCGAGAUUGGCAUCAUGGGAGGAAUUUGGCCGGUCAGUCAGGCCGUGAAGGGCAUAUCAAGGGGUGAAAAGGAGGCAGGGCAGGCACAACUCGAUCCAGAUUACCUGGUUAAAUGGGAUGUGGAUGAUCCGAUGAAUCCUCAAAACUGGCCUGCACGGUAUAAGUGGUGGGUGACCUUUCAGCUGGGUAUGCUGGCCCUCGCGGGGAGUCUGGGUUCUAGCAUCAUGACCCCGGCUGACAGUAUUAUCACCAAUUAUGUGGGAGUGAGUCGUGAAGUCGGUGUGUUAGAUGUUUCUCUGUACUUGGUUGGCUUCGUCUUUGGUCCGAUCAUCUGGGCCCCCGUGUCUGAGAUCUGGGGCAGACGGGUGAGUAUUUUACCGGCAGUCUUUUGCCAGGCACUCUUCGCCAUUGGAACAUCCAGAAGCACCAACGCAGCUGCAGUCUUCUGCACAAGGUUCUUUACCGGAUUCUUUGGCUCAGCUCCGAUUAGCAACGUCACUGCCGCGUUGGGCGACAUGUGGAGCCGUGAGACUCGAGGAAUCGCAGUCAGUUUGUAUGCUGUUGCUGUGAACGGUGGUCCGUCUCUUGGUCCUGUUAUCGGCGCUGCACUCGUCACAAAUCCGCAUCUCAACUGGCGUUGGACUGGCUAUAUUCUAGCUAUUUGGGUGUUUGUCACCUGGGCCAUGGCAUUCUUCUUUCUACCCGAAGUCUAUCCACUGGUCUUGCUUAAACAGAAAGCGCAACGGCUUCGCAAGGAGACGAACGACCAGCUCUAUUAUCACCCUCAUGAGCAUCUAAAACUCGACGUCCACUCGGUUGUGACGAAGCAGCUAUCGCGACCAAUGAUAAUGCUUUUCACCGAGCCUAUCGUCACCUGCAUCGCUAUUUAUGCCUCGUUUGUCUACGGAGUCAUGUACCUCACGUUGGAGGUCUUCCCGAUCGUCUUUCAAGAGAUUCGAGGCUGGCAUCCAGUCGUGGCUACCCUUCCUUUCCUCGCGCUACUUAUCGGUGUCAUUUCCUCCGUCGGACUUAACAUUUGGAACCAAUACCGCUACAACGAGAUAGCCCGCAAUGCCAACGGAAACCCUGUGCCGGAAGCUCGGCUACCGCCGAUGGCCUUCGGCGCCAUUUUCUUUGUCGUCGGUGCGUUUUGGUUCGCGUGGACAGCAAAACCUCCUCAUCACUGGAUCCUACCUUGCCUGGCGGCGCUGUUCAUCGGCGUCGGGUUCAAUUGCAUCUUCCAGCAGUGCCUCAAUUUCCUCGUCGAUAUGUACGGUAUCUAUGCGGCAAGUUCGACCGCGUCGGUGACAUUCCUCCGCAGCAUCAUGGCUGCCGGUCUCCCCCUCGCCGCCCACCCGAUGAUCGACGCGUUAGAUGUCGGCCCUGCGGUGUCGAUCAUCGGCGCUGUAGCUGCCGUAUUACUGCCGAUUCCAUUCUUAUUCAUGAAGUAUGGGCCGCGUUUGAGGAAAUUGUCGAAGCUUACGCCCGACAAUCCAAAUUAGUUUGGGUAUUUGUUUGCUCGGAAUAGACUAGAUAGACGCAGGAAUCGUUCCGCUGAUUUAUAAACACAGUCUUACUCACAUUACUCAUCUUUCCGCUAUUAUUCGUCCUCGCUUGAAGCAUUGUAUGCAUGGUUGUAUCCCAUCUAGGCUACUCCCGCCGGACUCAAAAGGGCUGAAUCCGUAGACCCAGACAACCAUGAGAUAUCGCGGAGCACCAAGAACGUGAUUGGUAGCUAGGUG